AUGGGACAAGAUUACUCGUACACCCAGCCUUCUUCAUCUGACGAGUUCGACAUAACUCCCCUUCUUGAAGAAGAAGCUCGAUUGUACGCCGAUGAAGCAGAUAGUAGGUACAAUGCGGCAGGACCGUUUCAGUUCCCACCUGAAACUGAGGCUGUUGAUGGAAUCCAGAGGACUUGCUACGGUGAUGGUGAGACUGUUCUCGCAACAUCUUACACCACUCUGAUAGAGGAGAUGACUGACUUUCAGAGUCAACUUAGGGAUCUCACGGAUCAAGUCCAUGGGAAUGCUUGGAAGCUGGAUAAGUUAGAGAGUACCGUUGGUGAGUUACCUAAUAAGAAGGAAGCAGAGGUCACGAUCCAUGGCUUCGCUUUGGACGUUUAUGUAAUGGUGUGUGCAUUAGUUGUACUAGGUUUGGCGGUCUUGUAUCUUAAUGGAAGAGUUUGA